AUCGGGGUAAGAAGCGUUGGGUCGGGAGAGAAGCCGCCCGCUUCCAAGAUGGCGGCGGGAGCCUGGAAGGUGAAGCAGGACAUGCCGCCGUCGGGCGGUUAUGGACCAAUCGACUAUAAGAGGCGAUUGCCCUAUCGGGGGAUCCCGGGUUAUGGCCUUCUUGCCAUUGGACUUGGAGCUUUUGUUUUUGGAACCUACAUUAUUUUCAGGUGGAACUGGGAGAGAAGACACCUGGCCUUUGAGGACAUGGAAGCCAGGAUAGCCCUGAUGCCUCUCAUGAUGGCUGAGGACGACCGCAGGUAGGUUCAGCUCUCUAGACCUGG